CGGGCGGAGGCGGCCGCCGGGUGGGCGGGGCCUGCACGCGCCGCUCCGCCGCGCCGGGGGCUUCGUUCGGCCGCUGCCCCGGGGCCGCCCCCGCCGCUGCCGGCAGCCGUGUGAUGGUGGCAGCAUGCCGCGCACGCCGGCCUCCAGCGAGGAGGAGGAGGGUCGGGGCUCCGAGUACCCCGAGGGCGACUCGGACUCGGGGAGUUCCCGCGAGGGCCCCCCCGGCGCCAACCCCGGCCCCCCCCGCGCCCGCGGCCCCCCCCGGCCCCCCCCGGCCCCCGACGACACCCACUUCAGCAUGAUGGUCUUCCGCAUCGGCAUCCCCGACCUGCACCAGACGAAGUGCCUGCGCUUCGACCCGGGGGCGGCGGUGUGGGCGGCCAAGCAGCAGCUCCUCUGCGCCCUGACCGAGGGGCUCCACGACGGCCUCAACUACGGCCUCUUCCAGCCCGCCGCCGCCGGCCGCGACGCCAAGUUCCUCGACGAGGAGCGGCCCCUGCGCGACUACCCGCAGAGCUUCGACCAGGGCGUGCCCUACCUCGAGUUCCGCUACAAGACGCGGGUUUACAAACAAACCAACCUGGAUGAGAAGCAAUUGGCCAAGCUGCACACCAAGACGGGGCUGCGGAAGUUCCUCGACUACGUGCAGCACGGCUCGGCCGAGAAGGUGGCGCGGCUGCUGGACCGCGGCCUCGACCCCAACUACCACGACUCCGACUCGGGGGAGACGCCGCUGACGCUGGCGGCGCAGCGCGAGGGCCCGGCGGACGUGGAGAUCAUCCGGCUGCUCUGCCUGGGCGGGGCCCACCUGGACUUCCGCGCGCGCGACGGGGCCACGGCGCUGCACCGCGCCGUCUGCACGCGCCGCUACCCCGCCCUGCUGGCGCUGCUGGACCUGGGGGGCUCCCCCAACUACAAGGACCGCCGGGGGCUGACGCCCCUCUACCACACGGCCAUGGUGGGGGGCGACCCCCGCUGCUGCGAGCUGCUGCUCUACAACCGCGCCCGCAUCGGCACCGUCGACGAGAACGGCUGGCAGGAGAUCCACCAGGCCUGCCAGCACGGGCACUCGCAGCACCUGGAGCACCUGCUCUUCUAUGGGGCGGAGGCGGCGGCGCAGAACGCGUCCGGCAACACGGCGCUGCACAUCUGCGCCCUCUACAACAAGGAGAGCUGCGCCCGCAUCCUGCUGUACCGGGGGGCCAACAAGGAGGUGAAGAACAACAGCGGGCAGACGCCCUUCCAGGUCGCCGUCAUCGCCGGGAACUUCGAGCUGGGGGAGCUGAUCAAGAACCACCGGGACUCGGACGUGGUGCCGUUCCAGGAGAGCCCCCAGUUCGCGGGGCGGCGCCGGGAGGGGGUGCGGGGGCUCCCCCUGCCCCCCCAGCGCCUGCUGCGCGCCAACAGCGACACGGGGGCGGCGCUGCCCGAGUGGGUGCUGCGGGGCCCCCCCGGCGCCCCCCCCGCCCCCCGGCCCCCCUCGGGCACCCUGCGCAGCGCCAGCAGCCCCCGGGGGGCUCGCGCCCGCUCCCCCUCCCGCGGCCGGCACCCCGAGGAGCCCCGGCGGCAGCCCCGCGGGCGGCCCAGCUCGAGCGGCGUGGGCCGGGAGCCGGGCCCGGGGCCGGGGGGCACCCUGAGCACCCGUGGGGUGAAGCGCAAGCUCUACUCGGCCGUGCCCGGGCGCACCUUCCUGGCCGUGAAGCCCUACCAGGCGCAGGGCGAGGGCGAGCUCUCGCUCAGCAAGGGCGAGCGCAUCAAGGUGCUGAGCGUGGGCGAGGGGGGGUUCUGGGAAGGCCAAGCCCGCGGCCGCAUCGGCUGGUUCCCCUCCGACUGCGUCGAGGAGGUGCCCGCCCGGACCCCCGAGGGCAAGACAGAGAGCCGCAGCGACAAGGCCAAGCGUCUCUUCCGCCAUUACACCGUCGGCUCCUACGACAGCUUUGACGCCCCCAGUGAUUACAUCAUCAAGGAGAAGACGGUUUUGCUGCAGAAAAAGGACAACGAGGGCUUUGGCUUCGUCCUGCGUGGGGCCAAGGCGCAGACCCCCAUCGAGGAGUUCACCCCCACCCCGGCCUUCCCGGCCCUGCAGUACCUGGAGUCGGUGGACGAAGGCGGCGUCGCCUGGAGAGCCGGGCUGCAUGGGGACUUCCUCAUCGAGGUGAACGGGCAGAACGUGGUGAAGGUCGGGCACCGCCAGGUCGUCAACAUGAUCCGCCAGGGCGGGAACAGCCUCGUGGUCAAGGUCGUGAUGGUGACGCGACACCCCGAGGCCCCCGAGGGACCCCGGCGCCGCG